UUUAAUGUUUCCUACCGUCUGCAAAACUGUUGUCACAGACAACGAACCCGCGCAGUCUUGUUUGCUGUAAUAGCUGAUGUUUUCACGCUUUCGUAGGUUAAAUUAUAAUAUGCAUAGUUGUGCAACCAUAUUCGAUUUUAGAAAUAAAUAAAUAAAAUAGUAGUGUGCUGUUAUGUUAUGCAGGGACAAAGCCACGUGACGUUGAUAAAGAUUUCAUUUAAAAUUAAAGAUUUUUAUUUAUAGCGGAAAGUAUAAGAAGUAAUGAUUACAUAUGUAAUUUCAAAAGUCUGGGAUAAAUUGUAUCCACCUUUUAGAACUUUAAAAAUAUAAUUUCUAAGCUGUUUAGCUUUUUGCACAGACUUAUUUUUUUUUUUUUAUGAUUUCAUUGACAACAGUAAUCUUUCAAUAUAGCGUCCUGAAACAUCAAUUAGGACAAAAAUUGUAUCGUGAAAAUUCAUAAUUAAAAUGGAUAUCCUAUUGGAUAUCAAUCAUCAGCGGACCACCACACGAAAGUUGUUUGUCGGUCUGUUGUUGGUUUGCCUUGUGGGUAUCUUGUAUGUUAAUGUGUUCUCUGUCGAGAUGCGUUUCUCGGAGACUGAUAUAUUACCACCUUUAAAAAGGACCAAAAACGCAACACAUGUUGCCCCGUUUGAGAAAUGGAUAGUUGUGACGUCAAUUCACCCACCGACAGAUGACGUCAAAUACUUGGCUCAGUUGCCUGGGUGGAGAGUUGUCGUUGUGGGGGAUGUUAAAAGUCCUGCCAACUGGAGUUAUCAGAACUGUGAUUUCCUAAGCAUUGGGAGACAAAAGCUACUAAACUUUAAAAUCACGGAUUCUCUCCCUUACAAAAGUUAUGCCCGAAAGAAUCUCGGCUACCUGUACGCUAUACUGAAUGGGGCAAAGUUUAUCUACGAAACUGACGAUGAUAACAGACCAUCUGACAAUUUGGAAGGUUUUAUCUACACACCGGAAACACCAGGACUGAUGUAUGCUGGGAAGAAGUUGUUUAACCCUUACCAGCACUUUGGUCAGUCCACAUUGUGGCCCAGAGGGUAUCCACUCUCCAAGAUUGGAGCGGUCAAUGUCAGAUCUUACUGGUUAUCCAGCAGUUGGACUUCACCCACAAUUCAACAGGGAACUGUAAACGGAGACCCGGAUGUCGAUGCUAUUUUUAGACUGACUAGGAAAUCGGAGACGUCACCUCUUAACGUGACCUUUCACUCCCACGCCCCUCCAGUUCUAGUACCCCAAGGUGUGUUCAGUCCAUUCAACUCCCAGAACACUUUGUUUCAUGAACGAGCAUUCUGGGCCUUGUUGAUCCCAACAGGGACCACGUUUAGAAUGUGUGACAUAUGGAGGGGCUACUGGGCUCAGAGGUUGAUGUGGGAAAUAGGAGACAGGCUGGCCUUCUUCCCUCCAAAUGCUCACCAAAACAGAAGUGCUCACUCCUACAUGGAGGACGCUGAGGACGAGAAGGACAUGUACUUUCAGACGGACUUUUUGAUUGAUUUCUUGACCAACUGGACAUGUCCUUCAAGUAUGACCUUCUUUCAAUGUGUUCUCAAACUAACGACUGACAUGGCUGAUAAACAUUUUUGGAAAUCUGAAGAAAUUGAACUCACAAGUCGAUGGCUGGAGGAUUUGUUAGAAUUAGGAUAUCCUGAACCUACUCGAGUCAUAGAAGUUUUAACAUUAAGUGAUAAUGAAACUUUAAAACUAGAAGAUUACAAUAUAUUUCAUUAUGACAUUUUUCAACAAAAAACUCUUCUUUCUAAUAUUACAUUUAUUCCGGUCGAACAGAAAUCACCACAAGUGACAACUAGCAAUUCGCAAGAUAGUGGUCCUCAAAAAGCCUACGAGAGUCUCUCCAAAAUAUGCCCAAAUAUUACAAAAAUGGUGAUAGCUCCAACUGACACGUUCUAUUCAAACAAUUUCUUUGAUAUUCUGUUAGUGAUCGUAUUUAACAAGCCUGGUUUCUACUCCAAUGUUCGAUACCUUGACGCUCUAUACGGCCAAGUUUUUCCGAAUAUUAUUUACUGCGGCGACAACGCAACACAGUUUGUGGAACAAACUCAACAUUUAGGAAAACAGUUUAGUUUUAUAGAUGUACCUCUGGACAGGGGUCUAGUUGGCUACAUGUGUGCAGUUAGAGCUAUAGAGAUGAACUUUAACGUCAAGGGAUUCCUGAUCAUGGGUGACGACGUCUUAUUUAAACAUUGGGAAUUUUUUAACGCAUCAAGGGAUCAUUUCUGGGCAACUUUUGAAGGUGGGUACAUUGUUAUCAAUAUAACCCAGCCGAUACACUGGUGGACAUGGUGGCCAUCGAAUACGGGUAAACAAGCCUUUGAUAAAACUGUGGAAGACUUAAGACAUUAUCCGAACGUACCCACGUAUAUCAACAGUACAUCUUUGUUUCUGGACAGCUUGUGGAACUUUACUGGCAGCGCUGAGUUAAUUGAAGGCUGCAUUAGUGACAUCUAUUACAUCCCUGCUGUUAAACGCCUUCAAACAAGUUGGUAUUUCAAAACGUUUUACAAACAUCGAGUGUUUUUAGAAAUCGCUGUGCCUACCGUUAUUCGAGGUCUUGAAACGAGAAAUGAUUUAGUUCUGAUUCAUGGAAAAAGUCUUUGGGGAGGAGAGCACCUUAAUCCUUUCAGAAUAUAUCCAACCGUUACACAUUUUUUCCACCCAAUGAAAUUAACGGAGCCCCAAAAUUUCCAUGAUAUAUGCAACAUAUAUGUCCCCGAUAUCCUGAGGUACAGUUUUGGGAUUACGUUAAAUUAAAUCACAGUUCAAUUCAGUUAAACACAGAAAGAUAUAUAAGCCAAAGGCCUAGCUCACUAAAUUAUUCAUUUAAUAUCCACCCUUUUGACAUCAAUCUAGUUAAACACAUAAAGAUAGAUAAGCCAAAGAAUUUCCAAAUCAGAAUGCUGUAUAAAGAUAGAUAAGACAAAGGCCUAGGUCGCAAUGGUACUAAUGUAAUGUCCACCCUUUUUACUUUUAUAAUAUAUACAUAACUUUUCUUGAACAAAACUUUUAUAAAAGUAUAUUGCAAUUAUUAGAGAACAUUUCAGGGAAUACAUUCGUUUCAUUGUUCUUUGACAAUAUAGGUACAUAUUGAUAAGUCCUCAAAUUUAGCUAAGCAGAGAGCUACUUAUCCCUAGAACGCUUAUACCAACUCACAAUCUCCACCAUUAUGUCUGGUAAAAUUUUUGCACACGUAUUUUCUCCCGCAUCCUUUCUGAGAUCAAGUUGAAAUCUUGCAGAAUAUUUAUUGUACCUAACAAAUCACGUAUCAAUCAAAUAAGUUAAAUUUAUUAUUGAUCAUUAUUUAUUUUGUUUGGUAUUGAAAAAACAAGAUGAAAUAAACGCUACUUAUUUAGAGGUGUGGCUGUAAA